GAAUAAUUAGCCAUACCUGUUGUAUUCUGUUGGGAAGCCCCAAACUUUUACUCACAGUUAGUUAUCAGUGAGCAACAGGAGAGCCGAUCUGGUGUUCACUUACACAGGUAGUCAUGUCAGAGGAGUACACACCUUGAUGGACUUCUGAUAAGAUCAAUGUAGGAAGAUAAUGGAACCUUCAGGAAGAAAAUUGGUGUGUCGUCGAAGGGUAGCAAUGUUUCAAGCGAAUCCAUCUGAAAAUGAUCAGCCCUCUCAAGAAACUGACGGACCAUCAACAAGUUCAAGUGAUUCUUCACAGCAAGUGCCAUCAGAUUCAGAUGUGGUUCCACCAAGUUCCUGUAACCAACGCAACUUCUCAGUACCACCAGAAGGCACACCGGUACCGACUAACAUUGUCAAGAGAGCUGGUCCGUUUCUGCUGGGGCCCACCCUUGGCAAUUCCCCAGUUAAAAGUAUAGUCCAGUGUCUGGCACGUCAAGAGGGUACGGAUGACUUUUAUACGCUUAAAAUUCUCACACUGAAAGGAGAUGGAGAAGUGGAGACCCAAGACGAGAGACAAGGCAAGAUGUUGUUACAUACUGAGUACUCGCUGCUGUCAUUGCUGUCUAACCAGGAGGAUGUUGUUCAUCAUCAUGGCUUUUUCAAGGUUAAUUUAGAAUGA